CUCUUCAUAACUUAAGUCAAAUUCAGUCACAAAACAACUUUCUACAUAGAUUUGGAAAUUUAAAAUACAUUACGCUCAAAUUUGAACAAAGUUAACAGAGAGUCAAACAGAAAAUACACCGCGUAAAUUUUUUGAAAAUACUGCUUGUACUUUUAUUAGUUUAAAAAUUCUGCUCUGUCAUUUUUUGCGUUAUAAUUUGGUUAAUUCACAGCCGCAUCUCGAUUUUUUCCCUUACUGGUUAACCAUUUUUCUUGGUAAACAUUUAGCUGCUCUAGGAAAAAACAAAAGCAGAUGCUUAGCUUAACUUUUAUUCUUUAUCGCUAUAAUUCAGACUCUAAGAGCACCUAAAUGCGAACUUUUUUGUUACAAAAUGUGGACCUUUAUUAUUACCACUCUCCAACCUUCGCACCGAGCGCAUAUGGAUUUUAAUCGAUUAUCAUGGGUUCCCGAGACAAAAAUAAUCCAUUAUAAUCAAUUACAGAUGUAAAAUUCAGACAACGAAAUCGAUUAUAUUGCCAUUGUUAUCGAUUAUUUUGAAAAAAAAUCAAUCCAUUAUUAUCCAUUAUAAACGAUUAUAAUCCCUUAUGUUUGUCACUGAAAUCCAUUGUUUUUGCCAAGAUAAUCUAUUAUAAUUGGCUGUUUUUGAACUAUUUAUCCAUUUUAAUCCAUUAUAUUCGAUUAUAAUUGACAUUUGCCGAACUCUGAGACUGAUUAAUCUCGUUAAAUUUAGCGUAUGUUGACAAAGUCUUGUACUUAAGGCAGUGAAACAAUCAUUUUCAUCCCGAGCCAUUUUAACUUUAUUGUCAGCAAUGAUAAAUACUUUUCUUUUAUUUCGCUUGUUUUUCUUUUUAAUUACAGUUUUCUUUCAAAUUUCGUUAAUUGGAAUUCUCUCGGCUGCCAUGGACAAAGGACGUUAUUCUUUAUGGCAUCUCGACACGACUCUUCUCGACGAGUUUAAUUUUGACAAAAUAGAAGCUGGUUUCCUGACAUAUUGCAUUCAAAAGGAGGGUGAAAAUUUCUGUGGAGAUACAAAUCUUUGGGCAAUAAGCACUCUAAGUCACAGCCUUCCUCCGUACGAUACUGAAUACAACGUACUCUGGUUCGAUAUCAUAUGGGUUCUAAUAAACUUCCUUCAUGAUAUCGCCCUAGCAGCUCUAAUACUAUCCGGGUUUGUGGACGAAGCGGAAGCGUUUUGGAACAAAUGGAAAUGGGGAAGCCUGUUUGUCUCUAUGCUUUUACAGACCUUUUUUGGACUGCUUCCGCCUGCGAUUAUUAGAAAAAACUUAAGUUACGUUGGAACACAUCGAGCGACUCUGUCACAUUCAGUUCAACUUAUGUGGGAUGCAUUCAUUCUCAUUGUUGUACUGGCGUUCAUUCGACCCCUUUGGGUCUUCAUAACACCAUCAGUAUUUUUUUUUGACGAAGCAUUACCCUGGUUUGCCAGACUUCUAACUCGUUGUUCUAGUAGCAUUAAUGAGCGCGUUCGACCUGAAUCUCCAGAUCAAACUAUUACAAGAGUGAACGUUCAACCGGCCACAAACAACCAACGGGUUUCAGGAGUCCUGAUUCCGGGUCAAGUUGUAUUUCAAAGAGAGAACUCCGACGCAACCGAGGCUGUUCAAGCCGCCAUUCUUAGUAGUUUGGCUAGUGGUAAUCGGAAUCAGAACCCUGGAGCAAAUCCAACUGCUUUUUUUCGAGUAAAUGGAAAUUCCAGACCACCAAGAACUUCUGGUAGAAUCUCAAAUGGUCGACCAACUACAGCGGGCGCCUUAAAUGAGUGUUCUCUAUGCAACCAGCGACCAAGAAAUGCUGUCAUUUUGGACUGUGGUCAUUCUCUUUGUCACCAAUGUGGCGUGGAGCUAACAGCAAUUGGAGCGAGAUGUCCUUGGGACAGAGGAGCAAUCGCGAGAAUUAUUACCCUCUAUCACUCCUGAAUAAUCAAAAUUCUUCUACACGACUGAAAUCAUUCUGAUAAUAAAAACGGGACACUACUUGCAUUAUAACGUAAUAACCGACUAUUAUUUUGACUCUUUUCUAACA